AUGCAGUCAGAAGGAGAAAAAAACACAUACAAGCCAGGUGAUGUCGAUACUACAUCGUCCGAAAGCACACCCAACGAUGAAGCAGUACUCGCACAAACAGCCAUCUCAUCCAAGCCCUUCAGCACUACUCGCGCGAAUUUGACCAUCGUCAGUCUCACGGGCGUCAGCUUCCUCAACACAAUGGGAUCAGGAAUCCUGACCGUGGCCCUCCCACAAAUGGCGAUCGACCUCCAUCUAGACGAAGACAUCCUACUAUGGCCCGCAUCGGUCUACGCACUCGCAGCGGGUUGCACCCUCCUGCUCUUCGGCUCCAUCGCGGAUGCAGUGGGUGACAAAAUAAUAUGGAUAACUGGGAGUAUUCUGUAUGCAAUAUUUACGCUGGCUUGCGGCUUUGCACAGACGGGAAAUCAGCUCAUCGCGUUUCGGACUCUUUUGGGUCUUUGCAUCGCAAUGUGCUUGCCCUCUGCAGUUAGCCUAAUGACGCGCAGUUGUCCCUCGGGCAAAAGGCGAAACAUUGGAUUUGCAUCAAUGGGAAUGGGGCAGCCUUUAGGAUAUUCAUUGGGGCUCAUCCUCGGUGGUGUGUUCGUUGACACGAUCGGAUGGCGCUAUGGAUAUUAUAUCAGUGCUAUCAUUAAUGUUGUCCUAUCGGCCACGGCUAUCUGGGCGCUGCCCGCUGUUAACAAACCCCACGGGGAGCCGUGGUAUAGGCGCAUGGCAAAGAUUGACUGGAUUGGGGCAGUCAUCAUAAGUGUCUCGCUGGCAUUGCUAUGUUUCGUGAUGGCUGAACUCUCCGGAAGUUAUCGAAACAUUCGCACAGGCUAUGUCAUUGCUCUUCUUGUUGUUUCAUUGGUGCUCAUUCCUGCAUUCAUCGCGUGGAUGAACUGGCGACAACGAAAGGGUCAGCCCGCCCUCAUUCCCAACAGUAUUUGGCGCAACACCACGUUCACCUCGACAUGCAUCAUCGUGUUCUUUACCUGGGCUGUUUUCAAUGCCUUUCAAUACUUUUCGUCGCUCUAUUUCCAAAACAUCCAGCAUCAUUCUGCUCUCAUCUCGGCCGUGAUGUUUCUACCCUUGGUGAUUGUCGGAGCUCUCACCAAUAUUGUCACGGGCUACGUAGUGGAUAAAGUUGAGGUACGAACAUUAGUCUUUGUUUCUGCCUGCAUCAGCACUAUCUCUGCUCUGUUGAUGGCAUUGGUCAAACCCAGCUGGGGAUAUUGGCGGGGGCCGUUCGUGGGGAUGCUUCUGAGCCCACUUCAUCCGGAUGUUCUUUUUACCGUCUCAAACCUUAUAAUCUCGCAAGCUUAUCCGGGAGAGAACCAAGGGCUGGCUGGGGCCGUGUUCAAUGCCGUCUCACAGAUUGGUAACUCCGUCGGACUAGCCGUUAGCGCUGUUAUUGCUGGAUCUGUUACGGCACAUUCGGACGGCAAUUUGUUGAAAGGCUACGAAGCGGCCUAUUGGCUCAUGUUCGCAGCCAUGAUCGUAGUCUGUUUUGUCAGUUUUGUGGGACUGCGGUCCGGCGGGAAGGUGGGCAGCAAGAAGGAGGAGUAG